AACAAUAAAAUGUGUAUAAAAAUAAGCAUAUAAUGCCCGAGACAUACAGAACCCUUUGUAUAGUCAGGACAUAUAAGUGUGGCCAGAAGUCUGUAAAACAAGACCAAGCUUGUAAUGCUUAUCUCCUCACCAUUCUGUUUAAACACAGGGCACGGGGUCGUGCCGCUCUUAUGCUUUCCAGCAUUGAUGGCUACACGACGCAGGCAAAAAGGACCGAGGCUCCCACAUGGCCUGAAGAGAGCAGAAGAGCUCAAUAAGAAGGCUGACACAAUGUUAUGCCAAAGCCUGACUGAGAUUGAGAGGAAGCGCCUUAGACAAGUGGCUGAAGGGAACCUGGAAUGCAAGCAGUUAUGGAAGGAGCUUGAGCAAGUCGAAACUGAUGUGACCCCUUCGUUGGAAAGCCUCGAAAUGGGACUUCCUCCUGAUCUACCAGACUUAUCGAGGAAACGAUAUUCACUCCCACUACUUGGUACUCACGGACGUGAAGCGGGAGAGGAAAGCAGAAGGUACAGGUUUGGGCGGCGCAGCUCGGACGCUUCGUGCUCAUCGGAACUUCAAAGGAAAAUAUCGAACUUUAUCGCCAAGGUGAAAAGAUUCAAUAGUUUUGACUCGGUCGGACUCUCAACAGACGAUGAGAAAGAGAGUACGGGAAAAAGCCAAGAACUGAAGAACCCCUCUGAGAUCACUUUAGAAGACGUGAAGAGUUGCAGGUACAUCCGUCACCGGAAUUCCAUCCCCAGGUUUGAACGGGAGCUGAGUCUGGAAGAAAUAUUUGGCAAGGAUAAAUAG